GCAAACAUUCCUCGCGCAGCUGAGAGUGAGUGAGUGUACAGGGACAUGAUAUCGACUGUCAGUGCUGCUCUUCCCCGCACACAACAUGGGCUCAACCGCCCUUACCCCCAAAAGCAGAGCCUCAGCUUCACUGCAAAGCCCCGGAGUCGGUUCUGUGUUGUGGAUCGCGUGUAUUGUUGAGAUAUUUGGGGUUUAAAUGUGGGUGAUGGUGCUGUGGACUCAGGACAAGAUGGCAGCAGUAUGAGACUCACACAUCUACAUGCUGUGAGUUCAGUUGAAGUGUGUAAAAUGAUCGGAGAAGACCUGGAUUAUAUCUACUGUUAGUCCGUGUGAAAGGUAUGGCCUCACAAGUCUUGGUCUACCCACCACAUGUUUUUCAAACUCAGACAAGUGCCUUUUGUAGUGUGAAGAAACUCAGAGUUGAGCCCAGUAACUGUGUUUACCAUGAGAGGGCCUACCCACAGACUUACUUGAAUGGUAGAACCCUUGGCAUUGCUUACUCGUCAAAAAUCACCGCUUCAUUUAAGACACCAGAUUCUGUGAUCGGCAGAUACCGCAGGCAGGAGUUACCAUUGCAAACGGCUGCUGUACGCGGUGUGCGACGUCAGUAUACCACCACAGCAACGCAGCAGCAAAAAGGGGGUGUCACCUCUCAGGAUAAGGAGCCAGAGCACCAGGAAAAAGGAAAGAGUUGCAGCAGUGGAGCUAAAGGGGCAGUUGAAAGGGGUAGGGGAGAGGGAAACGACAGUCAAGAAGGAGGAGGUGGAGGACAGGGUGAAGGUGACGAAGGAGGUGGAGGAGAGGACGAGGGUGACCGGGAAGACUGUGGAGUUUUUAACUUGCAAGACAGCUCCCACAGAUGCGGGCUGAAACGUAAGAGCGGGGAGCUGGAGAACUUGGGGAGCGCCAUGCAGAUUGUAGAGGACCUGUCAAUGUUACCUGCAAUGUUGCAGUCAAAUUUGGGAAACCCACCAGUUGCGCUCUCAGUGGCAGUCGGUGGAGGGCCUGCAAAGCAAGGUGGAAAUUCCGGAAAUGGGGAUGGAGACUACCAGUUGGUGCAGCAUGAGUUGCUUUGCUCGUUGAAGAACAGCUAUGAGGUCUUAGACUUUCUUGGCCGUGGUACUUUCGGCCAGGUAGUGAAAUGCUGGAAACGAGGCACCAAUGAGAUUGUGGCGGUGAAGAUCCUGAAGAAUCAUCCAUCAUAUGCACGACAGGGCCAGAUUGAAGUAGGCAUCCUGGCACGCCUCAGCAGCGAAAAUGCAGAGGAGCAUAAUCUUGUGCGAGCUUUCGAGUGUUUCCAGCACCGUAGCCACACCUGUCUUGUGUUUGAGAUGCUGGAGCAAAACUUGUAUGACUUCCUCAAGCAGAACAAAUUCAGCCCGCUACCUCUGAAGGUGAUCCGUCCCAUUCUUCAGCAGGUAGCCACGGCACUAAAAAAGCUAAAGGCCAUGGGACUGAUCCACGCGGACCUUAAGCCUGAGAACAUCAUGCUGGUGGACCCUGUACGGCAGCCCUACCGGGUGAAAGUCAUAGACUUUGGCUCAGCCAGUCAUGUUUCCAAAGCCGUCUGUUCGACGUACCUCCAGUCGCGGUACUACAGGGCUCCAGAGAUCAUUCUUGGCCUGCCUUUUUGUGAAGCCAUAGACAUGUGGUCCCUGGGAUGUGUGAUUGCUGAGCUCUUCUUGGGCUGGCCCCUCUACCCAGGAGCCCUCGAGUUUGACCAGAUCCGCUACAUUUCUCAGACACAGGGUCUGCCAGGAGAGCAUCUGUUAAAUGUGGGGACAAAGACGUCUCGCUUCUUUUGCCGGGAGUCAGACUCAGCGUAUGCGGCCUGGAGGCUUAAAUCCACAGAAGAGCACGAGACCGAGACGGGGCUGAAAUCAAAAGAAUCCAGAAAGUACAUCUUCAGCUGUUUGGAUGACGUAGCGCAUGUGCGUAUCUUUGGAUCAAGAACACAAGUGAAUCUAGUGAUGAAUCUGGAAGGCUGUGAUUUGUUGGCAGAGAAGGUUGAUCGUGCAGAGUUUGUGGGUUUGCUGAAGAAGAUGUUGUUGAUAGACGCAGAGGAAAGAAUAGCCCCGAGUGAUGCCCUUAGCCACCCUUUCGUUACCAUGCAGCACCUGUUAGACUUCCCCCACAGCAACCAUGUCAAAUCGUGUUUUCACAUUAUGGACGUUUGCUGCUCACGACCAGGCAGUUAUGAGUCUCUCAGUCGGACCAAGGCUCCGUUUGUCAGGACUGUCCCAAACACUGGUGCAGCGCCCAACAUAACCCUGCCCUUCUGCAAGGUGGCUGGCAUUCACACUCAGGCUUUAGCAUCAUCCGCCCCUUCAGUAAUGCAUCCUGGAAUACCUCUCCAGACAGGAAGUGCUCAGUUUGGUGACUCUUUUCAACAGGCACUUAUUCUCUGUCCCCCAACCUUGCAAGGUCUCCCACCCAACCCAAAGAAGUCAAUGGGAUACUCUGUGCGUAUGGAAAGUACAGUACCGCUGGUGACACAGGCAUCUGCCAUCCAGCCUCUACAGAUCAGACCAGGGGUCAUUACACAGCAAGCAUGGUCAAGUCGUCCCCAGCAGAUCCUGGUGCCCACCUGGCCUCAGAUGGCCCCAGUGGCACCUGUGGCACCUUCAGCAACAACAAUGGCCUCAGAAACAGUGGCAGGUCCACAAAGACUAGCGGAUUGGGGGAAAGUUCAUUCCCUUGGCAACCAUUACACCUCCAUGAUGGCCCCCCACCAGCCACUGUUUACCAACCCAAUGGCCAUGUCAUCUCACCAGCCUAUCAGCAUAGGGAUUGCUCAUGUGGUGUGGCCACAGCCAGCUGCUAACAAGAGAAAUAAACCAUCUUCAAACAGAAGUAACAACUUCAUGCACAGCUCCAGUUCCCAAAACACAUCAAGCCAGUCCCUAAAGAUGGUAGACAGUGCCAAAAACAGAGAGGAGGCGGCAGCGGAUUGUGUAGUGGAGGCGGAGUCAGAGGCGGUGCCAGAGGAGGAGCCUGUGUGCUGCAAAGCAGAACCAGAGUACGAGGACUCAACUGUGUCUCAGAAGCAGAGACAGACCAUUGUGAUCGCCGACUCUCCAAGCCCUGCAGGCAGUGUCAUCAGUAUCAGCAGUGGAACAGAUGAGGAGGGGCCGGACACUCAGAAGCAUUCACUAGAGUGCAAGGGUAGCCCGGAGUGUGAGGCAUGUCAAAGCACACUGAAUAUGGAGCGUGUGUGUUCCCUUAGCAGUCCCGAUUCAACCCUUAGCACCAGUUCAUCUGCUUCAGAACAGUCCAGCGUCUCCCCCUGCAAGAGACCCAACAGUAUGUCAGAAGAUGAGCGUGAGAGUGGAUGUGAUACAGUAGACGGCUCGCCCGCGUCUGUGUCCUCCAGUCGAGCUGACAGCCCCUUCCUGGAAGCCACUUAUAUCAAUGACAACAACCAGAACUGCAAAGCCAGUGGAAGCACAGAGGCUGAGUCUACCAAGCUGCCCGUCCGCACCAUGGUGGUGCCGCCCAUGCGGGUUCAGAAUAAUGAGCCGAUGGGCCUCACAGAGCCAUCGUGCCCCCCCAAAGGCCGCAGUGGUUCCAACAGACAACCCCCCUACUCGACAUUACUGGUGAAUCGCCAGCAGAAGACAGCACAGGCUUUCCCGCCACUGCAGCCCUCUCAACAGCAGCUCCCCUUUGGACAGGUCCAGCAUUAUGGGUCGUCCCACCAGGAGUGGAACGGCAACUAUAGUCACCGCCGGCCUCAAGCGUUCAUCCCGCCCACCAUUCAUGGUCACACAUUCACACUGCCUCACGGCAGUCCCACCCACACAGCCCAUCCUACUCAAACACACCUGGGUGUCCACCCUCACACCCAGCCGACUUUAUUGUCCUACCCCCCUUCAGGGCCCCUGGUAACAAAUGCCCCGAUGGCCCAUCUCUUGGCUUCACCUGGGGCGACACGGAAUCACAUCUUUCAACCGGCUUAUGGCCUCUCCCAUCCGGCGGGACACCUUGUGCACCAGGUCACUGUGGGGCUCAACCGCCUCUUGCCCUCUCCAACCCUCCACCCUCAAGGCCAAUUCAAGCCUCUGUUCCCCCCACACUCCUUCAUCACAUCACCUGCAUACGCAGGCUUUCCGCUCAGUCCCACCAAACUAAACCAGUACCCAUACAUCUGAGACUUGCUUUGCAACCCUCUGGAGGGCCACCGACAUGGACGUAAUGCCAGGCUCUCGGUUGAAACCACAUACCACCUGGAUCUCGCACCUAAAGCCAUGGUGCAAAAUAAUUAUUGAGUGCAAUUAAAAUGAGCUUUAAAAAAGGAGGUUUUGGAAAGCCUUUAGCAAGUAGAUAAAGAAAGUGAAUGGUUGAGAAGCAAGCGAUUGGAUAAAUAAGAAAAAAAAAAAAACUGUUUUGCACAUUUGAUACAUCACCUUAUCAGAUUUUCAGAUCUUCAGAUUUGAGUACUCCUCUAAUUAAUAUCAACAACAGAUGGUGUCCAAAAUCAUGUGAUGGUCAACUUAUUUUUAUACAUCGCCUUUACCUUGUAUACAACACGUUUGUUUGUAAAGACAGCCCUGUAUGUUGUUCACAACAUAAAAUGUGUCCACUUGCUGUGUUUUAUUGCGUUCCAAGUGUUUGUACCUUUCUCUGCGUCUUUGGUGUUGUUUGGAAUGGAGUCUCCUAAAGGAGUCGUUCGUCACACGCUGCAUGUGUUGCAUGAUGUUGAUCAGAGAGAAGCCUGUUGAGGCUCUUGACGUGUCUAGAGGCUCGUUGCAUUGUUGUCUCCAGCCAUAGUGCCUUAUAUAUCGGCAGUCAUUUGUGUUCUACUACACUAUCUCUCUGUGUGUAUAUACAAUGUGUUUGUGUGUGUACGUGUCCUGGACUGCAUCACUUGCAAUUCAAAUCAGUCUGUGCAUUCUUUGUGUGUGUGUGUGUUUAUGUAUUACAUAUAUAUACACACUGGUGUAUUAUUUCAUGCAUAGAUAGGCAUCAAUGUACUGCAUUGCACAAACCGCAGUGCUUAUUUUUGGAUCCAAUGUAUAUUUGAGAUGUAGUGAGUUCAUUUUCGCGUGAUUUCUUCGUAAGACAGCAUGCUUUUGCUGCUGCAAACGCUUGCUGUUGGAUUUGUUCUAAUUCUCUUUUUUUUCGUUAUCUUAAAUUAACUAAUUGUGUAGAGUAUACAAUGAAUUUCUAUAUAGAAAAAAAAAAAUCGACAAACCGAACAGUAUUUGUACUGUUUAGGAAAACUGCAAUACAAUCUAUAUAGUUUGUUUUUCUUUUUGUGUGUGUGUUUAGUUCUUUGGGUUUGUGUGUGUUUGUGUUUGCUGUGGUGGGCAUGGCUUCGACUAGAUGAAGACACAAAUGCAAAUAUCGGUCUUUGAUUCAGGGUCAUGGAUUCAUCUUAGCCUGAGCAGACCAUGCAGUAUUUGAUGUAUAGACACAUAUGACUAUGAGUAUAUAUCUAAUAGAGCUAGUUUAUUUAGUGCUGAAGCUUGACACAGUGUGUUUAAGGUGUGCAAUUCCCAUUUAUGCAUGUGUGAAUCGAUUAUUUUUUUUCUUUUAAUUAUAUCAUUAUAUCAUAUGUUGAAAGCUUGUUGGUGUCAAUUGCAUUUUAUACAUUCCGUCAGGGAGAAAUAAAUAUAUAUCGUGUGUGUGAAUAUAUAUAUAUAUAUAUAUAUAUAUAUAUAUAUAUAUAUAUAUAUAGCAGUGUGCAUUUUAGUUUGUUCUGCUUGGUUUGUGUGUUUUUGCCUCUCAAAUGAAGUUGCUUGUGCAUUACCAAAGACUGUAAUUUGAAGGCUCUGUUCCAAACCUCGUGAUCUGCCUAAGCAGGCGCUAUUUCAAGGCAUAGUAGUUACACUCCUGAUGCAAAAGUUCCCUGAGUUUCUCUUUAAUGCAAAGAUAUCAUCCUCUGCUGCUCUAACAUUGGAAAAGCAUCAUGUGUGCCUCGUAAGACUCUGCCCGGUACGGCUCAGUAUGGUACGGCACGUCUCGGUUUUCGUUUCCAAUGCUGUUUAGUAUUCAUCAAAUGCGUAAAAAUAGUAAUGAAGGUUCUGUAAUCAGCAGAAAAUCAUCUUCUGUGAGAUGAUGAGACUUCUUACACAGAACAAGGCACGCAACAUAUUUCAUGUGGGGGCAGCUGUGGCCUAAUGGUUAGAGAGUUGGACUUGAAAACCAGAAGGUUGUAGGUUUGAGUCUCUGUGCUGGCAGGAGUUGUAGGUGGGGGAGGGAGUUAAUGAACAGCGCUCUCUUCCACCCACAAUACCCAUGGCUGAAGUGCACUUGAGCAUAGCACUGAACCCUCAGUUGCUUCCCGGGCGCUGGAUAUAGUUGCCCACUGCUCGGGGUGUGUGUUCACGGUGUGUUCACUUCUCACUGCUGUGUGUGUGCACUUGGAAGGGUUAAAUGCAGAGCAGCAAUUCCGCGUAUGGGUUACCAUACUUAUAAUGUCAUACAAAUGCAAAUGUCACGACUUUCACUUUUCACUUUAAUAGUAUUUUAAGCGGUCAUAAUGGCAAGUAUACUUCAUUUUAAAAUAAAAUAAUAAGAAGAACAACUCAGAUACACCAUAUAUUGUCAUGGUCAUGUUUAUUAGUCACGUUGAAUCAAUGAAAGCAGUUAAAUCUUCUGUUUAUUCAGCUGCAGUGAUUCAGGGUUUCUUCUUUGGGGCAUAUUUGGAUUUUCAGCACGAGAGCACUGUCUGGCCUUCAGAUGGAGAUUUACUGCUGAUCAUAGAACCGUGCUUCUCUGAAAGAUACGCAUGAAAUAUAUUUAGUUGAAUCAGGAUUUCAAUUCCAUUUCAGUUAAUCAUGCAGCCCUACCGCCUCUACUGCCAUGACUCGUGAAAAACUUUUUAAUUCCGCGUCACCCCAUCAAGCUCUCGCUUGGAUCUGCUCCUCUGAUAUCAAUGAGAGGAAUGUCUGUACUUCCUCAACAGACAAUGAUACAGCCAUUUUUGGGUUGUUAAAAAAGGUGCGCUUGAUCAAAACACUUGCGUUCGAUCCUUCCCUGGCUGUGCUGAUUUAAAUCUAGCGGUUCUUUUCUGUUUGUCAACAGUUAAGUGAAGCAGGUAGGGACAAUUCUUUCCAGCCAAUCCGUGAUCAGCAGAGUUCACACUUCACUUUUUGGUAACGGUACAGUUCACUUGGAACCUCGACCGAAGUGGUACUAAAAAAAGUACCCAGUGGUACUGUACCCAGUGGAAAAACUCCCAAAAGUUAAUCUUACCGAACCGUAACGUGCCAAACCAUGCAGUGGAAAAACACCAUAUACCACUGUCAAUCAUGUUUGCAGACACGGCAUAAGAAGUGCCAUAAAAGGAAAUCUUACUCGUCACAAAAUUGUUGGUGGCUUCUAUUAUAAAAAUAUAUAUUUUGCUAGAAACUGUGUAUUGAUUAGUAAGAUUAACAAAUUAAAGUCGAUUAACAUAGUAAUUUUUUUAAAUUUUUAUAUCAAACUGAACUAUUUUACCCAGUAGUUCUGUGAUAUGAAUGUUUAUGCUUACGAAUGUUAGCUUAGCAACAUGAUAACAUUACACUAUUGAAAUCAACUGUGGUCGCGAGCCUAUUGACAAGUAAUUUGUAUGACUUAUAGAGUUACUGCAUAUGAAAAACGUACUUUAUCAGCUGUGCAUGAAGGCAGUGGACAGGAAAGCAGCUCGUUAGGUUUUGGAACAGAGCCAUUUCUCUGAGCAAGGUAGCUACUCUUUCUGCAUAGACCUCAUGUAUAACUGUAGUAAUUGUAGUCAUGGGGUAAAUUUCUAAAUUUGCAUUUAAAAAAAUGGCUGAGGUUAUGUUUCGCUUUUUGAACAAGUAAGUCGUAUCAUCUAUCUUGAAUGUAUCAUAGACAAGCUGCUAUAUAUUGAUUGCCACUUCAGAUAGCUGUGAAAUUAGAUUAGACUAGUUCUUAUAUGCAUUCGUUUAUUUGUAUGGGUCUCUCUGAUUGCCUAAACUAGAAGUGGAUUUUGAUUUUGAGUAAAUUUUGGAGUGUCAUUGCAACUACUGUAUUGCUGAUAUUGGACAUUUAGAAUAGUUUUUCUUUUUUUCAAAUCAGUAUUGUAUCUUCAUAACUGUUCUGGCUCAUCACUGCAUAUUAAUGGAUGUGUUUGUGUAACCUAGUUUUUGUAUGUUUACCUGCUUUUCUGUUUUUGAUGUGUGAUAGCUUUCGGGAUUGAUUUAACUUUAUCCAAAUUAACAGUUAUUCUGCAGUGUUUCAGAAAUACAAACAUCGCUAUUUUUUGUUAAGGUUUCUCUCUCUCUCUCUCUCUCUCUCUCUCUCUCUGUUAAUAUGAUAAUCAACCCCAUAACCUCAUACCACUGAGCACUUAUUAAAACGCUUGUGUACAGUACACAUGGCCAUGUUUUGAUAUACAGUGUUGUGAUUAAAUGAAUUAAGUGUCCAACUGAAUUGUGAUUUUAUUAAUGUUUGUCAUUUUAAAGUUGAGAACAUGUUUUUAACAAAUUAUCACUGAUGUCAGCUGGUACUCUCAUGUUUGGUCAUGUCUUUUUUUUUUUUCUUUUUUUGAACAGUGUAAGCAACACUGUGUGUGCCUUGAUUAAGAUAUUGGUAAUGACAUAUUCACUUUGCAAAAACAAGUAUUCAGCUUCACCCACUGACCAGACCAAAUAUAAGAAAGAGCAAACAUUACAACUUUCCAUUCCAGGGAUCGAAAUGGUUGUAUACACUUUUAAUAAAUAAUCAUAUAUGCAUUAAUAUAAGUUAAUAAUAACUAAUAUAUGUCUAUUUAAUCUUAAUCAGCUAAUUCUAACAUUUUUGACAUUGUAAUUUCAAUCUUUGCGUAUAGAAUGUAACAUAUUACACCAUGUGCAUGUUUCGAUCCCUGUGAAAUGGCAUUCACCAGCAUUUAGCCUGAAUACAUCCAGUGUCAAUAUAGAAAAGACUGUACUCGACACUUUCAGUAUUUAUUGUAUGUUCAUAUUUAAACAAAUUCAAGUGGAUAUGGAUGACUUCUGUUGAACUCUUUUCUAUUAACAGCAUCAAAUAAAACAUAAAUGCCACAGUUUUAAUGACAUUCAAUGCUUAAAUUAAAAAGUUUUUUUUUUUUUUUUUUUUUUUUUUUUGUUGAAUUAUUUUAUCAAAAUAUUUACCAUUCAACCUGAAACUGACUUCCCGGUAUGUGCUUUGUUAUGUGUGUAUACAAGUUCCAUGGUUUAUAGCAUAUUUUACAAUCAAAUAAGUUAUUUCACACUGCAAGAUAUGGAUUUUAUGUUUCAAUUACUUGGCUAAUUAAGAGUUUUAAAUUUCACUGUUUUGAUAUUUGUAGACUUUUGUGGAUUUUUGUUUAGGGGUUUGUCUCAUUUGCUUUUUUGAUUUGAUGCUACACUAGUUUGUCACAUAGCACUUGCACUGUGCAAUAUUUAACAGUAUGAGGACUGGGGAAAUGUAACCCUUUGAAUAUAAUGUCUUUACAGAGUGUAAUUGAUGUUUCCUCUCUAGUUCUCAGUGAAUAAAGAUGUGACCAAGCCUUCUUUACUUAGUCACAUUAAACAGAAUUUCCAGGUGACUUUUGGUGAGUGAAUAAGAAUUCAUGGUGUUUUAUUGUCAAGGAUUCCCUUUGAAUACAAAAGAAAAAUAAAGCAGAAAAAAAACUUGCAA